AUGGCACAUUCAGAGCGGCUUGUAAACGAGGGGGGGCUGUGUCCCCUGGUCAGGAGGGAGGGGGGAGGCCUGUGUCCCCUGGUCAGGAGGGAGGGGGGAGGCCUGUGUCCCCUGGUCAGGAGGGAGGGGGGAGGCCUGUGUCCCCUGGUCAGGAGGGAGGGGGGAGGCCUGUGUCCCCUGGUCAGGAGGGAGGGGGGAGGCCUGUGUCCCCCGGUCAGGAGGGAGGGGGGGGAGGCCUGUGUCCCCCGGUCAGGAGGGAGGGGGGGAGGCCUGUGUCCCCCGGUCAGGAGGGAGGCCUGUGCCAGUUACUAA